UGAUAGUUGUCGGAGACUUCAAGCUAGCUGUCCAGCUCUUCACACAAGCUAUCUUUAGCAAGCUAUCUCGAUUAGCCCUAACAACAAUGCCGAACUAUUUGCCGAGCGUUCUCAUGCCAAUUUCAAGCUUGGCAUGUUCGCCGAGUCUCUCGCUGAUGCAGAGAAGGCAAUUCAUUUAGACCCAUCAAUGCAUAUGGCAUACUUUCGCAAGGGCAAAGCUUGUUAUCAGCUCGAAGACUAUCAGACUGCCAAAGCAGCAUUGGAAUUUGGUUCUUGUCAGGUACCGGGGAAUGCAAUAUUCAUGAAGUGGAUCAAACAGUGUGAUGAGCUUAUUGCAGAUGCAUGCCAAAUGGAAAUCACAAGAACUAGAUCUGAGACACCCUCAGAUCCAUCAUCAAAACAGCAAAGGGAAAAUAGAGAGAAGUUGGGUGCGGAUGAAUUUCCGCACCAAGAAAAUUUGGCAGAUCCUCCUACCACGGCAGAUCUGAAAACCCAAGCGCUCAAAGCAAUCAUAUCGCGAGACUUCAAGCUUUCAAGCUUGCUGUCAUGCUCUUUACACAAGUUAUGUCCACUAGCCCUAAUAAAGCUGAACUAUUUGUCGGGCGCUCUCGUGCCCAUUUUUGGCAUGUUUUCCGAGUCUCUCGCUGAUGCAGAGAGGGCAGUUGGUUUGGACUGGUCAAUGCAUAUGGCAUACUUUCACAAGGGGUUAGUUUUCGAACUUGCAGUUGGAUGA